GGGGUAAACAGCCAGGGGCCGGCAUGUGGCAUGGAAAAGCAGCGAAGAAAGAGAUCUGGGAAUAGCCAAACCUCCCGUCGGGCAGGCAGCCGAUGGAACUGAGCAUCGAGCACGGCGAGGCUGGGUUUGGCACUCAACGGGCUCUCAAAGGAGGCGCUGGGUUGUUCCAUGAAGCGUGUGGGCGUUUCUAGUCCAAUCGAUUGAGCUCCUUUCGUGCAGCUCCUGGAACCCCACUUGGGCCUUCUGGCGAUUUCCACAGGGUUCCGUGAGCUUCGUCUGCAAAGUGACGCGGGGCUUUUAAACCUGCCUUUUGUGCCCCUCCUCCUCCUGCUCUUUCCCAUUCUUCAUCACACAAACUCAAAAAACUCUACUUCUCUUCCUACGCUGUUUUUCUUCCCACCAGAUUUCGGGAAUACUACGACGAAUCUACUACUCCUCAAUACCCCACACCCAUACCAAAACCCGUUGUAGAAAGCAAAUCACACAGCAGUCAAGAUGGCUCCCGCUGUCGGUAUCGACUUGGGUACGACGUACUCUUGCGUCGGUGUCUUCCGUGAGGAUCGGUGCGAAAUCAUUGCCAACGACCAGGGUAACAGAACCACUCCCUCUUUCGUUGCCUUUACCGAUACCGAGCGUCUUAUUGGAGAUGCCGCCAAGAACCAGGUCGCCAUGAACCCCAUCAACACAGUCUUCGACGCCAAGCGUCUCAUUGGUCGCAAGUUCACCGACGCUGAGGUCCAGGCCGACAUGAAGCACUUCCCCUUCAAGAUCAUUGAGCGUGGCGGCAAGCCCGUCAUCCAGGUCGAGUUCAAGGGCGAGACCAAGGUCUUCACCCCUGAGGAGAUCUCCUCCAUGGUCCUCACCAAGAUGCGUGAGACCGCUGAGGCCUACCUCGGUGGCACCGUCAACAAUGCCGUCGUCACCGUCCCCGCCUACUUCAACGACUCUCAGCGUCAGGCUACCAAGGACGCCGGUCUCAUUGCUGGCCUCAACGUCCUUCGUAUCAUCAACGAGCCCACUGCCGCUGCCAUUGCCUAUGGUCUUGACAAGAAGAUUGAGGGCGAGCGCAACGUCCUCAUCUUCGACUUGGGCGGUGGUACCUUCGAUGUCUCUCUCCUCACCAUUGAGGAGGGUAUCUUUGAGGUCAAGUCCACUGCUGGUGACACCCAUUUGGGAGGUGAGGACUUCGACAACAGACUUGUAAAUCAUUUCUGCUCUGAGUUCAAGCGCAAGCACAAGAAGUACGAUCUUUCCGGCAACCCCCGUGCCCUGCGCCGUCUCCGCACGGCCUGCGAGCGUGCCAAGCGUACCCUCUCCUCCAGCGCACAGACCUCCAUUGAGAUCGACUCUCUCUACGAGGGUAUCGAUUUCUACACCUCCAUCACCCGUGCCCGCUUCGAGGAGUUGUGCCAGGAUCUUUUCCGCUCUACCCUCCAGCCCGUCGACCGCGUCCUUACCGAUGCCAAGAUCGACAAGUCCCAGGUCCACGAGAUCGUCCUCGUCGGUGGCUCCACCCGUAUUCCCCGCAUCCAGAAGCUUAUCACCGACUACUUCAAUGGCAAAGAGCCCAACAAGUCCAUCAACCCCGAUGAGGCUGUUGCCUAUGGUGCCGCCGUCCAGGCCGCCAUUCUCUCCGGUGACACUUCCUCCAAGUCCACCAACGAGAUCUUGCUUCUCGAUGUUGCCCCUCUGUCCCUCGGUAUCGAGACCGCUGGUGGUAUGAUGACCAAGCUCAUUCCCCGCAACACCACCAUUCCCACCAAGAAGUCUGAGGUCUUCUCUACCUUCUCCGACAACCAGCCUGGUGUGCUUAUCCAGGUCUACGAGGGUGAGCGCCAGCGCACCAAGGACAACAACUUGCUCGGCAAGUUCGAGCUUACUGGAAUUCCCCCCGCUCCCCGUGGUAUUCCCCAGAUUGAGGUUACCUUCGAUCUUGAUGCCAACGGAAUCAUGAACGUCUCUGCCCUUGAGAAGGGCACUGGCAAGACCAACCAGAUUGUCAUCACCAACGACAAGGGUCGUCUCUCCAAGGAGGACAUUGAGCGCAUGCUUGCUGAGGCCGAGAAGUUCAAGGAGGAGGAUGAGGCUGAGGGCGCCCGUGUUGCUGCCAAGAACGGCCUUGAGUCGUAUGCCUACUCCCUGCGCAACACUCUGUCCGACCCCAAGGUCGAUGAGAAGCUUGACGCCUCCGACAAGGAGACUCUCAAGACCGAGAUUGACAAGAUCGUCGCUUGGCUCGAUGAGUCUCAGCAGGCUACCAAGGAGGAGUACGAGGAUCGCCAGAAGGAGUUGGAGGGUGUUGCCAACCCCAUCAUGAUGAAGUUCUACGGUGCUGGCGGUGCUCCCCCUGGUGGCAUGCCCGGCGGUGCUCCUGGCGGUUUCCCCGGUGGUGCCGGUGGCCCUGGUGCCACCCACGAUGACGGCCCCACCGUCGAGGAGGUCGACUAA